CCUCCUCCUCAUCCUCCACAGCCUCCUGACCCCCCCCCCCCCCCCCCCCUGCACCGGGAGCACACCGGUGACUUUUAAUGGCUUUUGUGUUCAGAAGAUGGAGGGUUUUACUGCUGCUGAACGUGCUGGCGGUCGCUGGGUUCAUGACCUUCUGGGCCAAAUGCAACAGCCGCAGCGUCCAAGCCGGCGGUCCGGAGGCUCUGGGCUCCGGGCGGCCCCGGGCCAACGGGACGGCGCAGGAGCCCAGCAUCAGCCACGAGGUGCUGCUGAAGAGGCUCAGCUCGCUGGAGGACGUGGUGUACCGGCAGCUGAACGGUCUGUCCAAAUCCCUGGGCCUGAUCGAGGGCUUCGGGGGUCGGGGGGAAGGAGGCCUUCCUGCCACGCUUUCCCCGCUUGAGGAGAAUGACGCUAAAUACCUGAGAGAGAAGUACGGCUACAACGCCUACCUCAGUGACAGAAUCUCCCUGGAUCGGACCACACCAGACCACCGGCCCAACAAAUGCAGAAAAGCCAGCUACCCGAGAGACCUCCCCCAGAUCUCCCUCAUCUUCAUCUUUGUCAACGAGGCUCUUUCAGUGAUCCUGCGAUCCGUCCACUCAGCUGUCAAUCACACGCCGGCUCACCUGCUGAAGGAGAUCAUCCUGGUGGACGACAACAGCGACGACGAGCAGCUGAAAGGCCCGCUGGAGGAGUACGUGAACAAGCGCUACCCGGGUCUGGUAAAGAUCGUACGGAACCAGAAGAGAGAGGGGCUGAUCCGGGCCAGGAUCGAGGGCUGGAAGGUGGCCACUGCUGAAGUUACGGGCUUUUUUGAUGCUCAUGUGGAGUUUACUCCCUCUUGGGCCGAGCCCGUACUCGCCAGGAUCAGAGAGGACCACAAGCGAAUCAUCCUGCCCUCCAUCGACAACAUCAAGCACGACACCUUUGAGGUGGAGCGCUACGAGAACUCGGGCCAUGGCUACAACUGGGAGCUGUGGUGCAUGUACAUCAACCCGCCCAAACAGUGGUGGGACGAGGGCGACAUGUCUGCUCCCAUCAGAACUCCUGCCAUGAUUGGCUGCUCCUUCGUGACCAACCGGGACUACUUUGGAGAGCUAGGUCUACUGGACUCGGGCAUGGACGUCUACGGGGGCGAGAACAUAGAGCUGGGCAUCAGGGUGUGGCUGUGCGGAGGCAGCAUGGAGGUGCUGCCUUGCUCCAGGGUGGCUCACAUCGCCAGAAUAAAGAAGCCGUACCACAGCAACAUAGUGUUCCACAUGCGGCGUAACGCUCUGCGUGUGGCGGAGGUCUGGAUGGAUGACUACAAGUCUAACGUAUACCUGGCCUGGAACAUCCCUAUGGAGAACCAUGGCAUCGAUUAUGGAGACGUGUCCCAGAGGGUGUCUCUGAGGAAGAGUCUGCAGUGUAAGAGCUUUAAGUGGUACCUGGACAACGUUUACCCAGAGAUGAGGAGGUACAACAACACGCUGUUCUACGGCGAGAUCCGUAACGCUAAAGUGAGCCACCUGUGCAUGGAUCAAGGCGUGAAGGAGAACCACACCGCCACGCUGCACCCGUGUCACGGCUGGGGUUCUCAGUUGGGACGAUACACCAAAGAUGGCCGGCUGUUCCUGGGUCCACUUGGCAGCACUGGGGAGGACACUCGCUGUGUGGUGGACGAUCAGCUCAGCAGCUUCCCACAGCUCCUCGACUGCGACAAAGUGACAAACGUCAGACAGAAAAUGUGGAGUUUCUCCCAGAACGACUCCAUCACUAACCGAGCCACAGGACGCUGCCUGGAGGUGGUACCGGCCAACGUUUACUUCGGCCACCUGCUGGUGCUGCAGCCCUGCUCGGGUCAGAGGUGGACCAUCAAGAACAGCAUGAAGCAAUAACACGCAGACCGGGCCGUGAUUGGCCCGGAUGUGUCACCUGACCCUCUUCUGUAAGAAACAGAAACUGGGUUCUGCAGAUGAGAGGUUUGGAGAGUCGGAGAUGAAGGGAAGCAUGAGGACGAUUUCACCGUUAAAUACGAAACACUUUGGUGUCCGUUCCCGUUUGUGUCUCUUCUGUUGUCUUUUAGGUCCGAGACGUUAUUUUUAAUAUUUCUGCCCGUCUCAGAAGAAACCAUCAGGAGGUGAACUCCAGUCAGACGCAGAAAGCAAGGAUGGAUUUGAACUUUUGUUCCUACUUUUAAUGCAGGAAACAGAAGGAAAGAGUUCAGAAAUAAUCCUAAAAGGACUUUUUUUAUUCCCUCAGAGGUCUAGAUGAUGUAAAUAUUUAUAAAUCAGACCGUAAGUUUCAACUCUAAUGAAGCUUAUUUUUAUCUGGACUCAUGUUUCUACGUGAGGGUUUCUGCAGCGUGACCGGGACAACCUGACGCUCAUAACUAUCCUCUGACCUGAUGAGUGCCGUGAUAACAGCAGAUGGGAGGAAGAGGGGUUGUUGCCAUGGCGAUGGUGUUCCGUGUUUUUGUUUGUUUCCAAGAUGGUCUUCCAAUAAAAAUAAAACUGUCCUGUUUGUA